AUGGAAAAGGAAAAAGUCAGGACUAAGGAGUUGUUGAUUCAAGUUUUGGCUACUGCUAUAAUAUGUUUUCAAGCAUGCCUAACAGGAUUUGUGGUAUCAUGGCCGUCUUACACAGUGGGCAAUUUUAUGUCCAAUGAAACAGUCCUAUCAACUCCAAUGUCCUCAAUAGAUGUAUCGCUAUUGGGCAGUUUGCCCAACAUUGGUGGACUUAUCAUCAGCCCGUUUUGUGGGUACGCCUUCAAUACCUUUGGAAGGAAAUAUGCUACUAUAUUGUUUACCGUGCCUUAUAUUUUGACAUGGCUGAUAAUAUCAGUGACAUCCAGCGUGCCUCUAGUCCUGGCAUCGAUGUGCAUUGGCGGCAUCGGUAUCGCAGGGCAGAAUGUGGCCAUCAUCUACAUUUCCGAGAUAGCACACGACUCUAUACGGGGAGGCCUCACUGCGAGCUCUGCUUCGGGAUAUUUCUUAGGUAUCUUGAUAACAUACGCGCUCGGAGGCAACUUGGCGUACAUGGAAGUGAUAUACACACACUUGGGGUUGUCCAUACUCUGUGUGUUGUUACUAUUGUUGCUUCCUGAAUCUCCUGUGUUCCUGGUACUUGUGGGGAGAGAAGAGGACGCUGCAAAAUCAAUAGCGUUCUACAGACAACUGGAUGCUAAGUCCAAGGAGGUGGAAGCUGAGAUCGCUAAGAUCAGACUGCAGAUUGAUCCGAGACUGGAGAGUUUACUUGAAGGAGACAACGAUCCAGAGACUCUGGGAGAGUUAGUAGAAAAGAAAUUAGGAGCUCCACAGGAAAGAAAGAGUGAGACAGCAUGGAAACAUUUCAAAAAGUCGAAAUCUUCAAAGCGUGCUCUGAUGAUGGUACUGAUAAUAAUGGCUCUAUCAAUCAUGAUGGGUUGUGUCGUACUUCAAGUGUAUGCCGAGCCGCUGUUCAAGGAAGCUGCUCCAUCGAUGCCGUCCAAUCAAUGUGCCAUCUUCUUAGCUUUAGACUUCUUAAUAGCUAGUGUGUUGUGUGUACUGGCUAUUGAUAGAUUUGGAAGGAAGUUCCUCCUGAUUGUGACCGCUACUGGCUCAGGUGUCUGCACAGUACUACUGGGAGCACAGUUGCAGUUCCACUGGGCUCCAGCCUGGUUCACCGUGCUACUUAUAUACGGGUUCAGCUUCAUAUUUACACUGGGAUGUGCUGUCAUACCAUUUGUAUUGACUGCUGAAGUGUUCUUGCCAGAGGUCAGAAGCUUCUGCAACAGCAUCGUGAUGGCGUUCACAUGGAUCUUCAACUUCCUCACGCUGGUCAUCUUCCACCCCUUAGUAGAAGCUGUUGGCUUAGGACCAGUAUUCUACUUCUUCUCCGUAGUCUGUUUCACUGGGGCUAUAUACAGCCAGUUCUGCGUCCCAGAGACUAAAGGAUUAUCAGCUGAUGCCAUUCAGCUUCUCUUCUUGAAACAGAGAAGACAGAGUAUUAAGAAAUGA